AUGUUACGGGAUAAGAUACUCUUUCUACCCGGUCGAUGUAAUCAUGAUGGUGAUCAAAUAUCAAUAAUCGACGACCCUAUCUAUCACAAGGUAGUAGGGGCCAACAAGGAAGACGAGUAUUGUACGGAAAUCCGUGAGGCUAUCGCCAAAAACAAGGACAAGUUUCGAGGAAUCACUCUCAGUAAAUGCUCCGUACAAGACGGGGUGCUUUACUAUCAGGACCGUUUGUGGGUAUCCGAUAACAUGUAUACCGAUGUUAUUCGAGAGGUGUACGAUUAA